AUGAGCCGCCAUCCGGAAGUUCUGUGGGCGCAGCGUUCUAAUAAGCUUUACCUGACUGUUUCUCUAACUGAUGCCAAGGAUGUUUCUGUGAAGUGUGAGCCUCAUGGUUUGUUUACUUUCAAUGCUUCUAAGCUUCAACAUGAAUCAUACAGCUUUACAUUGGAACUUUAUGGAUCGAUUGAACCUGAGGGCUGUAAAAUAAAAUCGAGCUCAAGAAACAUACUCUGCUCAAUUCAGAAAGGACAAAGAGGCUGGUGGAAAAGACUACUGAAGUCUGAAGAGAAACCUGCUCCAUACCUUAAGGUUGAUUGGAAUAAAUGGUGUGACGAAGACGAAGAAUCAGAUUCUGAAUUGAUAUCUGACGAUGAUGGACGGUUUGCUGGUGAAGAUGAUGAAAGCAGUGAUGAUGAAGGAAUGUUAUAUCUCCCUGACUUGGAAAAGGCUAGAGGAAAGUGA